AGUGGUGUGCUCCGCUUAUUUCCCUGUUUUCUUUGCCUAUUUUAUCCCAAAUUGUCUUUUCCUAAUCGGUUGUAUUUUGUGCAAUUUACGGUUUCCUAUCUGAGCCAUCCGAGGCUUUCCCCACCGCAAGUCACAAACCUUGAUGAAGCCUUGGCUGACUGGUCUUUGCUCUUUUUUUUUGCUUCUUUUCUCCCACAGGUCUGGCAAUCCAAGCUCACGGAUCUUAAUGUCGCUACUUUCCCAUGGGACCCCCCAUCGGAAGCUCCACAAGCUUCUGCCUCGGCCACUGCCCCGAACCCACCCGCAAAGGCUCAGAAUAAUGGUGCCCAGCAACCAAAUGCUGUCAAACAAGAACCAGGUGCUCAGAACCCUAACCCACAAACUGUCAAUGUUGGUGUUAGAAUCAAGCCGGAGCCGGUAGCCGAACCCCAAGGUGUCUACGCCCCGCCUGCGCAGCCCACCGGAAAUCCAACCCAUAAUCCGGCUCUCGCUGAGGCAAGAGCCCGUCAAAAUCUCGCCCAGAGGUUCGGGAACAACCCCCAAUUGCCCAGACCUGCCGGUGGCCUAGUUCUUCCCGCUCUCAUUACCAAUCCUCAGCAGAGACAACAGAAUGGCAUUCCUCAACACGAUGGUGGCGGUGAAGAAGCUAUUCCGAUCGAAGGAUAUGGCAACAUUAGUAGAUCGGAAGCGGACAAAAUAUUACUUUGUCGCAUCAGUGAUGCCGAACGUGAGAGUGACAGGGCUACUGAUGAACUCGUCAAGGCUUUGAGGGACCUCGGACACUCCCCUAAGUCUCCAAAAUCUAGGAGACGCCAAAAGGCCCAAGAUGCCUACGAGGAAGCACUUGAUCCUUCGAAUCAUUACCCUCACGCUGCCCCUGUUCCUACAGUUCCCGGCGCUGCUGGUACCCCAGGCUCUUGGUCAGCGUCUAUGAAGCAGGUGGAUGGGGAGUCUGGUGACGAGGAGGUUGUCGACGAAGACGCCAUCAAUUCCGACCUCGACGAUCCCGAGGAUGACGAGAUUGAUGGCGAGGACGAUGACGAAGUGCCGCAGAUUAUGUUGUGCAUGUACGAUAAAGUCCAGCGUACCAAGAACAAGUGGAAGUGUGUUCUCAAGGAUGGUGUCUUGACUAUCAACCAGACCGAGUUUGUCCCUCCUUCACCAGCACAUGUACGGAGAUAGUCAAGAUGCUAACUUGACUAGAUACGUCUUUCAUAAAGCCACCGGCGAAUAUGAGUGGUAAAUGGUGGUUCGGCAUGCACGGUCCCGGCGAACUUCGAAAUAACCCUCUCCAAUUCAAUUCAAAAGUUUUACCCGAUCUGGUGGAUUCCGCAAUGUUACACUCAAACAGUUCUCGGAAAGGCGAGAUAUCAACUGUUUUUUUUUUCCAAAAAAACACUACUGAUCAUUAAGUUGAACCAAAUCCAGUAGUUUAUCUUUUUUUUUUUCCCCUUGCUCAUCUUUCCUUUGCUCUUUUGUUGCGUUCUCAUGGUGCACAUGUAUUUCCUUUUUUUCCCUCCACUCAUUUCUUUUCAUAUCAUUUCAUGGGUCCUGUCUAUUCAUACUUUUGUGGUCAUUAUUCCACCCUGUUUGUUCAAAACCAUGGAUGUAAAAUUCCCUUUAUCCCGUUUACACCUCUCCUAUUUCUUAGCAUGGCUCUUUUAUUUGCUUGUCCUUACGGAUCCAGAAGUGCGCUGCGGUGCACAGCGGUGCCGAUACGGAGAGGCCAUCCAGUAUGUGGCACACGUGAUGCGAUUCAAGUAGAAACGGCAGAUGCUUUCCUAUUUUACAAUGGGUGUUAAUUUGCUGGGGGCUUGGGUAAUUUGAUUCCUUUCUGUUUUCCUGUCUGUGUCUGGUUGGUGUACGUUAUUUCAUGUUGCUGGUUUACUUGCACGCUUGUCUGGGGAAUGGGAUGGGUGGGUGGCGGGGCAGGGCAAGGCAAGGGGGACAUGGAAUGGAACGGAUGGGUGGG